CGACAUGGCUGUUGACUAUAUCUCUAUUAAUUAGUGCUGUUUUUUAUCUCAGUUUUUCUGACAGUUUUUUUGUCAGUCGGUAACAGAUAUCAGCGCUAUUGAAGCAUAUCUCUUCGGCUACAAAUCUUUAAUGAACAUCGUAAGCAAUCGUGGCCGUGCAUGCAAAUAGAGAGAAUACUUUAUUUAGAUCGAAGAAGAUAUAUGCGUUUUCCUUGCAAAUGUAACAAAUAUAACAGCAAAGGGUAUAUACACAAGUACUCAAGGUCAUCCAUGGGGAAAUUACUAUUAAAUAAUAAUAUUUAAAAGAAGUCGCCAAAUGAUUAUCUUAACUUCCAGUAAGGAGAAGGGUAAAUUUUUUACAUUGAAGCAUGAGCUGUUGCUUCAAUACCAUUACUAAUUUUAUUGUUAGAAAAUAAAGUUUAACAAAAUGAGGAUAUUCCAAGCACUAGGUGACGCAUUUCACCUCCUUGCACUUGUCAUACUUCCCUUUGAAAUAUGGAAGACUGGAAGUUGUCUCGGUAUCAGUGGCAAGUCUCAAAUUUUACAUGCGAUUGUAUGCACAACACGCUACAUGGAUCUACUAUUCUUCUAUAUCUCAAUUUAUAACACAACGAUGAAGCUAAUCUUUAUUUUUGGCACAUACAUGACAGUUUUUCUAAUUUACGUCACUUAUAGUCAUACUUAUGACAGAGAUCACGAUACGUUCAGAGUGCAGUUUCUUGUGAUUCCAGCACUGGCACUGGCACUACUGGUGAAUCAUGACCACUAUAACAUCAUAGAGAUAUCUUGGGCUUUCAGCGUUUACCUGGAAGCUGUAGCUAUUUUGCCACACCUCUUUUUGGUCGCAAAGACUGGAGAGGCUAAGCGUUUCACAAGCCAUUAUCUUUGGGCUCUCAAAACUUACAGAGGUUUUUAUAUUGCAAAUUGGAUCUACCGUUACUACGUAGAAUGGCACUAUGAUUCAAUCCAGGUCACUGCCGGCGUUGUCCAAAUGAUAUUUUAUUGUGACGUCUUUCAUUUGAGCCGGAUUGAAAAGGGUCCCAAGCUACCAAUUGACUCCCAAGUGAAGUCGUAGGAUUAUUAUGUUUCAAAUAAUAUUGUUCUCAAUAACUGCUUAACAUUUAAUAUAGAAAUGUUCAGUUGGUCGCAGGAAAAAUGAAUGGAUGAAAAAUUUGACUGAUAUUUCCAAAUUAGCAAGUACAGAAGUAAUCAUAAGCUGACAAACGUUGAGGAAUUGGGAAAAAGUGAUUAAAAAUGAUCAUUCUAUGUACAAUACUUAUUUGAAUAAAAUUACUAAUGAUCAAAAAUUA